ACUCGAAAGGACGUGGAAGGGUCACUAUUUGUCGUCAAACGAAAGGAGCAGCCUCGAUUUCAGUUCAUAGUCAUGAAUCGCAGAGCUCCAGACAACCUGAUAGAAGACCUUCUAGGGGACUUCGAGUACGAGGUGCAGCCGCCAUACAUCCUGUACCGCAACAGAGGGCAGGAGGUGAACGGCAUUUGGUUCUACUCCUUGAAAGAGUGCCACGAUGCUGCCAACCUCUUCUCCAGGAUUCUCAACACAUUUUCACGCCACGCACAUCCAACCAAGCCGCUCAUACCAUCUAAUAGCUGGAAGCUGUUCCCUCAGCAGCCAUGGUGGGUGGACGGCCCUUUGGAGGAGCCCUCCCCAUCACACCUCACGCUUUUGCUCUUCUCUCUUUCUUUCAACUCUUAUUUCCUCUCUCCCCAUCCUUCCAGCCCCGAGUAUUCAGAGCUGGAAGCCAUGCCCUCAGCAGCCAUGGCGGACGGCCCUUUUGAACCCUCCCCACCAGAGGCAGGCCAGCCCAGCAGCCACGUUCCACAGCAUCCCACCACGGCCCCAAACUCACUUCUCUUUCUUUGUUUCUCCUUUCCCCGAUCCCCAUCAGCCCCGAGUAUUCAGAGCUGGAAGCUGUGCCCUCAGAAGCCAUGGUGGACGGCCCUUUGGAGCCCACCACACCACAGGACCACCAACCCAGCAGCCACGUUCCACAGCAUAACCGAAAGUGCAGAGACUAAGGGUCCCAUGAAAAUCCAUGGGGAAGGAAGAGCAGCAGCAGCAGCAGCAGCAAGAGACGAGGCAGGCAAUGGGGUAUCAGCAACGGAAACAGGCAGAAGAGGGGAGGGGGCGGCUACGAAGGAGAGAGGGAGUGAGGGAGAGGAGGGAGGAGAGGGGGAGAGUGAGAGGAUGUCAGGGAGUGAGAGUGAGCGCAUGUCACGCGCACUAGCAGCCCUCCUCCAACCCUCCCACGGAGCUCCUAUGCUGCAGCCCUUCCCACCACCCACCCCUCCCCUUUCCCUCGCCUCCCCCGCUCCCCCUCCUGCUCUCUCCCCCUCCAUUCCUGCUCCUCCCCACUCCAUUCCCGCAUCGUCCCACUCCAUUCCUGCAUCGUCCCACUCCAUUCCUGCAUCGUCCCACUCCAUUCCUGCUCCCAUCAAUCCAGCCGUUGCUGGGUCUGGGUUGGGCCUGCAAGGGGGGAGAGGAGGGGAGGGGGUGGCGGUGGUGGUGACAAGGGAAGGGCUGAAGGCUGCUCUGCUGCGAUUGGUGCAGGUGGGACUGGCGCAGGUGGCAACUGGUGCAGGUAGAACGACAGUUUCAUCGACAUGCUCUUUCAAGACCUAG